AUGUCUUCUCGCGCUUCUGCUAAAUCACCUACUCCAGGAUCCUCAUCCUCUUCGCGCAACCAGCCUCAGAGCCUCGCGCAGGAGCCCGCCAACACUAAGGACUUCGACAUGCCGGACCUCAAGUACGACUCCGAUAAACAAGAAGCCGAGACAAAAGACAUAUAG